ACCUCCGCGCCAGCCAGUGGAGGGCCAGUGGGGUGGGAGGCCCUCGCGGCCGGGGUGACCCCCGGGGCCAGGAGGUGUCCCCGCGCCUCGGUGGAUGCCCAGUGAGCUGCGGGACAGGGCGCCCCACAACUUGGUAGGGAGGCCCCAGUCGAGUCCUGCUCAAACCUGCGGAGGAACGACUGUUGGAAUGUUCGCACGUGGUGGCACAGAGAGUAGAUUUCUGGUCGUUUCCCCGGUGGUCGGUGCCGGGACCCUGUAGACACCUUGCGUGAGUGGUUUGGGGUUCAAAUCUCACGGUCUCCAGAAAGGGGUACCGUUAUUUUCUCCGUGGACAAUGAGGGAACUCAGGCUCAGGGACGUUUUCUGGCCCAAGGGCACCCCUCCGGUCUCGGUUACCUGAGUGGAAACGUGGGAUGCCUGACUUCAAACCCUCGUAUGAAACCGUCGGGGAGCAGACUUGGGAGUCAUUACUGUAAAAUUGAUGUUCUUAAUGCUGUGCCGGUGACCGUGAGGGUGUUGUCAUCACCGGGCGCUCAGUCAACUUUGCUAACAUUCACUCUGAACUUCGUGUCUGCAUUCCGAACGGUGCCGGUGGAUGCCGGCAGUGGGUGGGCCAUCCAGGGCUGAAACCUGGUUCUGAUCCGGAGGAGCUCACAGUCCAGGGAGGCAGAAAGGCACAGUCCAGGGAGCCAGGGUCACAGCUGUGCAUUUGUCAAGCGCCUAAGUCGGUAAAGACGGCCACCAGCCCUGGGAUCAGGAAGGUUGCCCACGUCAUGCUAAGGGUAAGAAGAGGCUGAUUCUGUGAAGGAACCGCUAGAAAGGAGACAGGAGUCCCCAGAGGGUGGCAUUACAGUAGCCAGGGGACUGGGACAUAUCUAAGAGGCGUCAGGGCCAAAUGUGACUUCCACUGGUUGUGGGGAAGAAGGCGAUGGCGUUAACAAUAUCGACAGCACUUUUAAGUGGUGCUGGCUGAAUGUAAUUGUACAGGGGGGUCUCACCAGAGGCCCUUGACGGUGAAGACAAGGUGAGACGCAGGCACCACCUGGGCCUUGACAGCGGGGUUUGAACUGCACAGGUCCCCUUAUGUGCCUGUGGUUCCCCUGAGUACGGCACAGCGUUGUAAAUGUAUUUUCCUUUGGUUUUCUUAACCUUUUAUUUUUCUCUAGCUGGCUUUAUUGUAAAAAUACAGUGCAUAGUACAUAUAACAUGCAAAUAUGCAUUAGUCGAGUGCCAUCGGUAAGGCUCCUGUCAACUGUAGUGUGUUACUAAGGUCUUCGGGAGUCAGCAGUUACACUCAGAUUUUCAACAGCCUGGGGAGAGGGGCGGGUGCCCCUGACCCUGCAUUGUCCAGGGGUCCGCGGUAGUCGCCAGAUUGGAAAGUGGGGUCGAGGGAGGUUUUUGUUGGUGUUUUCAUUUUGAAACUGAGACAGACUUAAGUUUGCUUGCUACAUCGAGGGAAGGGUCCGCAGAGAGGAAGGGGUGAGGGACUGGGGCGGAGAGCAGGAUUUCUGAGGCAGCGGGUAGGUUAUGAGGGAGAGAGGCAUGGGUUUGAGGAGGUGAAGGUCUCUAACAGAAGGCACAGCAGUCUAGCAAACAGGGUGCGGGCCAGUGGAGGAGAAAUUUGAGGAGGGCCCUGCAGGUUUGCAUACUUGCAGGGGCCAAGGAGCUGCCUAGCUCACCAGAGCUGUGGCUGUGCUAGUCCCCAGCCUAGGGCGGGAGGCGUGAGGGUCCCCAGCCUGGGGGAGGGCUGCAGCUGGGGGCCCAUUCUGGGGGGAGGGCCACUGGGGUUCCCAGCCUGGGAGGAGACUGUGGGCCCCCAGCCUGGGGCAGGAGGCGUGAGGGUCCCCAGCCUGGGAGGAGGCCAUUGGGAUCCCCAGUCUGGGAGGAGGGCUGUGGAGGUCCUCAAGCUUGCGGGGAGGCCUCAGGGGUCCCCAGCAUAUUUGGGGGUCUGCUUGCUGGAAGAGGGUAAGAGAGUUUGAAUCCAUCUGGGAUGGGCAAUUUUUUGUACUUUAUCAUACAACUGUUGCCUGUAUUUCUGCAGGCAUGCAUGUGCCUUGUGUCCACCCCCAGGCUUCUUCAGCAUAAGGCCCGUGUAAGCAGUUCACAGUCUCAGAUGUAUAGAGGCCAGGCAGGUGACAGAGCGAACAGAUCUGGGGAUGUCUCUUUUAAACAAAACCCCACUCUAUUUAUGCAUUUAACAUGUAGGAAUAUUCUUCUUCUCCACAAAUACAGAACUCUCAUUUUUCUCCAAACUUGUCUCUCUUUGUCCACCUUGCAUUUUUGGUGCUUUUGACAGACACAGGUAUUAGAGCAGUCUCACUCCCUUGCUGACCGUACUGUGAGAAAAACCACAGUUCCAGUUCAGGGACAAAUGUAUCCGUAUCAGAGGGCCGGGGCGUGUGCCCUGGGUGAAAGAUGAAGCCGCUGUGUGCCCGCUGGCCGCUUGUCACCCACUGUUGGCAGUCUGGUUUUCACAAGGACCUGGGAUCUAGGGUCAUGGGAAAUCUCUUACUUUUAACAAUGUUAGUAAUGAAGCAGGGCAAGUACAUUAAGUAACAGCACUGUAUCCGUGUUAAUUUCCUGGCCUCCAUAGUUGUGUAUCAUGAUCUUAUAAGAUAGUAGCUUUGGAGAAGUUGAGUGUAAGGUAUGUGGGAACCCUCCCGUUUCUGUAACUUUUCUGUAUGUAUGAAUUCAUUUCAAAAUCCAAAGUUAAAACAAUGAGUAAAAUACCGAGAUCCAAUUCUGUGAAAGCCAAACAUAAUAAUACCCUUGCUGGCCACCCGCUGGAGCCCUCUGGUUUUCACUUGGGAUUUCGUGGCCUCUGCAGUGCAUCACACAGCACCGUGUCUUGGGCAAGGUAGCCAAUCAGCAAACACUAGUGCUCUGGUUUGAAGAACAUGUUUACAAAGAGAUCGUGUUAUAUCUGUGAGAUAUUUGACUUUUAAAACUGUCUUUUUCUCGUUUUAAACAGGUUUUACAAAAGAGGCAAAGUGUUCUACUUCUAGAUUUUUUCCAUUUUUUUCCCCAUAAAUCAAAACAUCUCAAAAUGGAGGCCUAACACCCUUAAAAGGGACUUAGUCUGAUCUCCGGGAGGUAGUUUUGUGCAUGAAGAAACAAGUGUGAACUGGAGUUUUUAUUAUCCCAAAGGAUGUUAAUUUUAAACAAUACAGUCUAGUGGCAUGAGGUGUAACUAUAAAGUCUUGAUGAUCUCGUCUUUGAAUUUGACUGGUAGAUAUAAAGGGAAGUGAUUCUAGCCAGAACAGAACAGAGAGAAGGAACUUGUGUUUGGUACAGAUCUGAAAAUGAGCGACAGUUAUCUAGAACAAUAUUCACCCCUCUACUAAGUUAGAGAAGCACGCAGGUGAGGCCUCUGACAGGUCAAGAGACUUCCAUGGUGACAAAGAAAUGUCCAGAACAAGACUUUGCGGUGCCCCAGGCGUAGAGUAUGGCACACUAGCACGGACGAUUGGUAAAGGAAUGAUCUAAGUACUUAUCUGAAUGUGCAUGUGUUAAAAGUCUCAAGUUCGGCUUGUUUGAAUGGGCUGUUAUCUCUGACAAGGAUGACGGUGAGAAUGAUGGCUGGAUGGUCCAUUUUGGGAAAAGAACAGACUUACGCAGACACAGUGACUAGCCCCGGAAGGGUUUCUGCAAUAAUGUGUAAAAUUUUUGUCCACUGCUGACGUUAGACACAAUAACUGAUCCCUGGAACAGAGCCACGUUUCUCAUAUCACCUGGAAGUAAAGAGCCAAAGUCGCAGCGGAAACCCCAACACCUGUGGGACCCAGGAAACUGCGCAGAAAUCACUACUAGAGAAGCCACGGAGACCCGUUUGCAGAUUGUUGUUCAUGUUACUGACACAGAAACUUUUUACUGGUAGCUGGUCGUAAUUGAGAAACUCUGAACUUUCACAAGGUCUCUGCUUGGCCAAAGGAGGGGAUUGUGACAACGUAAAUUCAUUAUUUUCUUGUUGCGAUGAAUUCUGGCUCAAGGUAUGCUGUCUUUGGGAUUUCUGACCAAAGCCACCUUUGUACACUUCGAUUAUUCAUCUUAGUGUACAAACGCAGCCCUCUGACUUUUGACUGUUUUAAGAAACAAAUCCAUUGUCAGAAUAGAUUUGGUAGUGUCUUACAACAGCGUGAAGCUGAGCCUAAAAAGACCAGUUGAACAAACACAUUCUUCUCUGAGGAUUUAUUUGAAAUACAGUAUUCAGUUUGCUAAGUUCUCCUGGAAUCACAAGGACUAAGUAACCAAGCCGCUGACUAUGGGAAGUAAUUGUCGUUCAGGUAAUUUUGAAACAAGACUUAAGAUGAACCAGCCAAUUCUGUUCCCACUUCAGCUCUUCAUUUGUAGGAAAAUUCUAGAUCGUUUUGUUUUUCCUAUUACAAAUAUUCUAGGAAGAAAAAUUACUUAAUUCGAGCACGAUUUGGGAUAGAUGGUAUUCCAUCGCAUCUAAGAUGUCACUAAUUGGAAAACACACCAUUAUUUUAUAUAGUUCCAAGAAAGAAAAGCGCUGCUGAUUAAAAUACGGUAUUUGUUAGCUGAAAGGUACCUCUUGGUAACAGAGGUGUGAAAAAGAUACAUCCUACAAUCAGUGAAAUGACCCCAAUGUACUCGUUUCUUCUGUUCAGGCAGGUCUUCCGCUUUUCUUUUUUUCUGGCUACCAAAUUUCAUAAUUAAAAAAAAGCAAAAUAAACAUAGUUUGGAUUUUUUUCUGUGGAGCACGUGCAGGACAUAGGUUUCCUCCCCGAAAACAGGCUGGCAGUGUGAGCCCCACGCCUGGUCUCCAGGCCAGCCGGGCACCGUGAAGCGCCCCCGCCGAGGCACUGUCCUGCCCGUAGGGGUGCCCGGCGCUGAGUGGCAUCUUGGUGACCUGAAGCGCUCCCCGCUGGUGCGCGGGGUUUUGAUUUCCACGGCGAGGUGCCGUGUGCCAUCGUGCUUGCGCUGUGUGUGUAAAGAUUAUGGAAAAGUGCAGUUGCACACACUCUCCCCCUACCGCGUGUCAGCGUCGAGCUUAGAAUCUCACCAUGCGGAAGCCCUGAAUACACAGAGGGAAAGAAGGACAAGAGACUUCCUGUUCUGGGUGUCCGCCUAGUGAUAAAAGUAACUACCGUCCAGAGCCAUGCACAAAGCUACCUCCCCAGAGAAAGGCUGGUCCCUUUGCCACCCCGUCCGUUUCGUCAUGAACAUCGGAGCAAACAGCACAUUGUCAUCAAAGCUGCUGAAAGGCGGCACCGUGUCGGGGCUGAAAUACGACCACUCGUGUGAGCUGUACCGAAUGUCCACGUUCUCGGCCUUCCCCGCCGGCGCCCCUGUCUCGGAGCGGAGCCUGGCCCGGGCCGGGUUCUACUACACGGGCCGGAAGGACAGGGUCCGGUGCUUCUGCUGCGGCCUGACGCUGGACAACUGGAAGCAGGGGGACAGUCCCCUGGAGAAGCAUCGGAGGCUGUACCCCAGCUGCAGCUUCAUCCAGAGUCUAAAUCCGGUGAGCGCUUCGGGCCCCCCCUCUCAGCCCGCCUGUCUUUCCUCAGGGACGAGCUCCGGGCUCUUGCCGCCUCCCAGCGUGGAAAACGGGGGCUGUCCUAGCCGCUCCUGCGCCACCUUCCCGCAGAACCCUGUGACCUUCAGAGCAAACCAAGGUCUCUGUCCCCGGAGGACGAGUCCCCACCACCGUGCGAUGGAGGCCGAGGAAGCCAGAUUGCACUCUUUCCAGGGCUGGCCCUUGACCUUCCCGCUGCCGGAGCAGCUGGCCAGAGCUGGAUUUUACUACCUGGGCCCUGGGGACAAGGUGGCCUGCUUCGCCUGCGGCGGGAGACUGAGUAACUGGGAGCCGGACGACGACGCCCUGUCAGAGCACCUGAGACACUUCCCCUUCUGCCCGUUCGCAGAAAGCCGGCUUCAGGACGCCUUGCGGUGCGCCGUGUCCAACCGGAGCAUGCAGACGCACGCGGCCCGCUCCCGAAGCUUCUGCAGCUGGCCCCCCAGCGUGCCUGUUCUCCCCGAGCAGCUGGCCCUGGCUGGCUUCUACUACAUGGGGCACAGUGAUGACGUCAAAUGCUUUUGCUGCGACGGUGGACUGCGCUGCUGGGAAUCAGGAGACGACCCGUGGGUGGAGCACGCCAAGUGGUUUCCAAGGUGUGAGUAUUUGAUACGAAUCAAAGGACACGAGUUCAUCAGUCAGAUUCAAGCCAGUCACCCCUGUCUCCUUGAACAGUUGUUAUCUACUUCAGACAACACAGAAAAUGAGAAUGCCGAGUCACCAAUUGUUCAUUUUGGGCCUGGAGAAAGUUCCUCCGAAGAUGCCGUCAUGAUGAACACACCCGUGGUGAAAGCGGCCUUGGAGAUGGGCUUCAGUAGAAACCUGGUGAAGCAGACCGUUCAGAGCAAGAUCCUGACGAGCGGGGAGAAUUACAAAACAGUCAGUGAUAUUGUAUCAGAUUUACUUAAUGCAGAAGAUGAAAUCAGGGAAGAGGAGAAAGAAAGAGCCACUGAGGAAAAAGAAUCAGAUGAUGUGUCAUUAAUCCGGAAGAACAGAAUGGCGCUCUUUCAACAUCUGACUUCCGUACUCCCCAUCCUGGAUGGUCUCCGAACUGCCAGAGUGAUUACUGAGCAAGAACACAGUGUUAUUACACAGAAAGCACAAACAUCUCUGCAAGCAAGAUUGCUGAUUGAUGCUGUGUUAGUGAAGGGAAGUUUUGCAGUCACCGUAUUUAAAAACUGUCUGCUAGAAAUGGACCCCGUGUUAUACGAGCGUUUCUUCGUGCAACAGGACCUAAAGUAUGUUCCCACAGAAGAUGUUUCAGAUUUGCCAGUGGAAGAGCAGCUGAGGAGGCUGCAGGAGGAAAGAACCUGCAAAGUGUGCCUGGACCGAGAAGUGUCCGUGGUGUUCAUUCCCUGCGGCCACCUGGUGGUGUGCCAAGACUGCGCCCCUCCCCUCAGAAAAUGCCCCAUUUGCAGGGGCCCAAUCAAGGGCACCGUGCGGACCUUUCUGUCGUGAAGAAGAUCCAAAACUGUUUAAGCUUUAUAACUAAUGGAGUAAACGUAUUCUAUUUUUUACUUCUAUACUGA